CGGUUCCGCCGACUUGUUGCCCGGCGGAGGAACGCCCCCCGCUCUCCGCCUCUCCCCGGGUAUAUGAGCCGAAGCCCGGCCACAGUCCGGACACAGCACGCUGCCGACCACAACAUAAACAUGGCUGCUCAGCGGGUCAUCGUGUACGGCGGGAGAGGAGCUCUGGGCUCAAAGUGCGUCCAGCACUUUAAAACCAAAGGAUGGUGGGUCGCCUGCAUCGACAUGGCUCCGAACGAGGAGGCGAACGAGAACGUGAUCGUGAAGAUGAGCGAGAGCUUCACGGAGCAGGCGGGACAGGUGACGGCAGAUGUGGCUUCGUUACUGGGGGAACAGAAGGUGGACGCCAUCUUGUGUGUGGCAGGAGGCUGGGCGGGAGGAAGCUGUGGCUCCAAAGAUUUGUACAAAAACACAGAUCUGAUGUGGAAACAGAGCGUGUGGACCUCGACCAUCUCCAGCCGCCUCGCCGCUCUGCACCUAAAGGAGGGCGGACUGUUGACUUUGGCCGGGGCCAAAGCGGCGCUGUCAGGCACUGGAGGUAUGGUGGGUUAUGGCAUGGCCAAAGCUGCCGUCCAUCAGCUCACUCAGAGUCUUGCGGCAAAGAACAGCGGGAUGCCAUCAGGAGCUGUUGCUGUGGCGAUACUACCGGUUACCUUGGAUACGCCGAUGAACAGGAAGUUCAUGCCUGACGCAGAUUUCAGUUCCUGGACGACGCUGGACUACAUCGCAGAAUUGUUCUUCAGCUGGGCCACAGGGACGAGCCGGCCGGCUUCAGGCAGCCUGAUGCAGCUGCUGACCUCCGGAGGUGAAACUCAGGCUGUGCCCACUCAGUAGAGGACAGACAGGAGCUGUGGAGACGGUGAUGGGGGGGUUGGUAGGAAAGGAAGAGGAGGCAGCGAGAUGAGGAGACGAAGGAGAACAGAGAUAUAGACUGGAAGGGGGAGGAUGUAGAGAGGUGUGAUGAAGGGGCCUGAGAGGUGAGGAGGAGGAGGAGGAGGAGGAGCAGG